UCAGGGGGCUCCUCACAGCCUGGAGCUGCUUCUACUCCUGAUAUCACUCCGCUGGCAUGGUGGAGAAGCUCCUUGGUAAUGGUGAUGGUGGCAAGGGGCCGCCAGUGACUACACACUUCCGCCACCGUUUCCUACACUCGCCUUUAGCGCCGUCCGGACUCCUCUUGAUGCCUCCAAGCAAAACGAGCCGACAUCUUCAUCACUAUUCCGUUCAAAGCAAUAACCGUGUGACAUGCAAGUUCACUGGGAAAGUCCGGAACCCGUUCGGUUCAAGCAACAAAACUUUUCCUCAAAGGACAGCACCGUAUAGCGGCAAGUUUACUACUGCCGCCGCCGCCGCCGCCGCCGCCGCUCAUCCGCGGGACGGUUGGACGCUUUGACCGCCAAGUGCCUGCCUUCGCACCGCCGCCGUGUUGUUGCUUUUCCGGCGGAGUCGUCUCCAGGAGCUGAGAGCCGCCUCAUUGUUAAACCCGCUCAUAUUUGUGCGUUUUUUGGAAGAAUACGAGCCAUCAACCGUAUGACUUGGAGACUCGGUGCCCUUUAAAGCGCUCACUUCAGAGGCUGCUCCAGCGCCGCUGCCCGUGCCCGACUACCGGGGACCCUUCGCUGGGGGUGGACGGGUAGGUAGUGGCGGUGGAGACAGGCUGGACGCUGGAGGAAAGUUCCUUCAAAAUAGCAGCCACUCGGUCCAGUGAUGGGGGACUUCGCCUCCCCCGCUGCCGGACCCAACGGCAGUAUCUGCAUCAACAACAGCAUGAACCCGGUCUCCGGGAGCGUGGUGCCCGCAGGAGCCGUUGGCAUCCCGAAGCACAGCACCGUGGUGGAGAGGUUGAGGCAACGGAUCGAGGGCUGCCGGAGACACCACGUCAACUGCGAGAACAGGUACCAGCAAGCCCACGCGGAGCAGCUUGAGAUAGAGCGGAGGGACACGGUUAGUCUGUACCAGCGGAGUCUGGAGCAGAGGGCCAAGAAGUCGGCCGGCGGCGGGAGCAAACAGCCGCAGAUCAAGCAGCCGGACCCGGACUCUGCCUCCUCCACGGAGCAGAGGACUAACACGCUUAUAGCGCUCCAGGAGACAGUCAAACGGAAACUGGAUAGUGCCAGAUCCCCUCUCAACGGAGACCAGAAUGGUAUCUGUGAUGGAGGCAGCUACUCACCCACAACCAAACGGUUACGGAAGGAGGGCUCCAGUGGUUUAGACUCCCUAACAGGUCUUCCCAACAACAAUGUUCCACCCAUCUCUCCGCUGCACCACCAACUCGACGUGAAGCCCCUGAUCGGCGGGCCCAACACUUCUACGGGAAACGGCACAAACAGCAACGGCAACCAUGUAAGCCGGCCGGCGGACGAGCUGGGAAAGAAUGGUGGCAGCCAUCUUUCAGACAUGAAGAUGAACGGGUCUCUGGACUUGGAGGACAGCUUCGGCCUCCUCAAGGACCUGAAACAGGAGCCGCUGGAUGACGGGGCUGGCAUGGAGUCUUCGGACCCCCAGUCUCUGUCCAAUCAGAACAAACUGUUUUCCGACAUCAACCUCAAUGACCAGGAGUGGCAGGAGCUGAUUGACGAGUUGGCCAACACUGUACCCGAGGACGACAUGCACGACCUCUUCAACGAGGACUUUGAGGAAAAGAAAGAGCCAGAUUUUGGCCGGCCGGCAAACAAUCAGACUCCAGGACCACAGGAAGCAGUCAGUAAUACGACAGCACCUGGAGGGGGGGCGGUACCCCCGACAUCCCUUCCACCCCCUGCUCAACCCCCGCAGGGUGGCCCACAGGUGCCUAUGGGCUCACCACAGGUCCGACCUUCAUCAUCAGGCCCUCAGUUUGCCACCACCGCCAAUGGCACACCUCCUCAGCAGCCUUUGCAGCAGUCCCCUGCCGUUGCCAUGGCGUCAGGGUCCCCAUUACACAACUGUGUGGCUCGCUCUCCUCAGACCCCGACCCAGGCUCAAACGCAAGCAGUUCCAAGGCCUGGCAACGGAUACAUGAUGAACCCAGGCCCUGGUGUAAGCCAGGCAGGUACCGGACAAACAGGGCCUGGGCUUGUCCCGGGUCAGCCAGUCGGACCAGUAACACCGGAACUUUCCCCUGCAGAGCAACUGAAAGCAAUGGCUGCUCAGCAACGUGCUAAACUGUUGCAGCAAAAGCAGCAGCAACAACAGCAGCAGCAAGCGGCCAACUGGUCUCCAGCAGGCCCUCCAACCAGCCCUUAUAACGCCGGUCCCUUUAACCAAGACAAACCCAACAGCCCAAUGAUGUAUCCACCACAAGCCUUUAACACACCACAGGCCCCGCUAGGGGCUGGAAUGGCCCCCAACAACGGACCCAAAGCUCCCAUGAACAACUACCUCCCUCACAAUCACAUGGGCAUGAUGGGCCAGCAGCAGCAGAACAGUAUCAGCCAGACCACCCUGUCCAAGCAGCAGCAGCAGCAGCAGCAGCAGCAGCAGCAGCAAACGGCAGCCAUGUUGUCCUACAACAACACCAAGCCACUGAGCCACUUCAGCGGCAGUGGGGUCGACCACAUCGGCCACAGGAUGACUCCACCCGUGGGCGGGAACGGUCAGGUCAAGAACCCUAUGUUGCCUCCCUACAUGGCUGGUGGAGGAGGUGGGGGCCAGGGGGCGGGGCCGGGGCAAACCCAGGGGCCAAUCCCGGGGCAAACGGCCCAUCUGAGCGAGGAACAGAAGCGAAUGUUGCUGAUGAAGCAGAAGGUGUUGAACCAGAACAUCCCCUACAGCAACAUGCAGCCUCACGGACAGGAACAAGGUGUGGUGGGAAUGUCCCGGCCACCGGGCUCCAUCCCUCCUCCACACCCCGCAGGUGGCGUGGCCUCGGGGGUGGGGCCCAACCAGGGUUCUGGCCCGCCUCCGGGCUACGUGGGCAACCAGCAGCAGGCGGCCAUGAUGAAGCAGAUGAUGGCGAUGGAGCAGGAGAAGAGGGUGCAGAUGCACAUGAUGGAGCAGCAGAAGCAGCAGCUCUUCCGGGAGCAGAGGCAGCAGCAACAGCAGCAACUACUGGCCGAGCAGCUCCAGCAGCAGCAUCUUCCAAGACAGAUGGGCCAAGGCCAGAGGAAUCCCUACCCUCAAGUCAGUCAGUAUCAAGGUUCUCCCCAAGAUCUGGCAUCCAGGAGCCAAGCCCUCCAGAACAUCCGUGCAGCGCGUCUUCUACAACAGCAGCAGCAGAACCAGCAGCAGAUGGUCCAGAUGAGUUCCGUUCAGGGCCAAGGAGGCUCUGUGGGACCCCAGUCUGACAUGGGUCUACCCUACAGCACCCAGGGGUCCAGCCAGGGUUCUCUCUAUGGCCUCAACCCCUCCAUGAGCCAAAUGAUCCACCAGCAGCAACACCAGAGCCAAAGUGUCCAAGUGUCCCUCGGUCUUGCACAGCAGCACAACUCAGCUGGAGGGCAGCCCCGGCAGGCAAGCGCAGGUCCCGGGGUUGGAGGGAUGCCUGGGGGCCCUGCAGGUGGUGGCGCUGGAGGAUAUGGGGGGCAGGGGAUGUUAAUAAACCCCAUGGCUCAGCAAUCCCUCAAAGGUCCAACUAAUGCCAAAGCCCAAGCACAAAGACUUCAAAAUAUGUUGGGAGCAGGAGCGGGGGGCGGAGGAAUGGCUGGAGGAGGCUGGCCGCAGCAACAAGGGCAGAAUCUGCAAGGCAUGGGGGCAGGCGUGGUAAGGACUACAGGAGCAGGAGGGGACAUGAUCGGGUUCAGUUCAGCCCAGGGUUAUGGGUUGCAGACAGGUCAGCCCCCACGCAUGGCCAAGCAACACUUUCAAGGACCUAGCCAAGGGAUGGGGCAAGGGAUGGACCCCAGAGUGGGCAACCCGGCAGCGGGGAUGGGUGGCCCCAUGGGCACUCACAUAGGCGGACAGUCCAGGACCAACCAGUCUCGGCCCAUGGUCAUGAGCCAGGGAAUAAACCAAGGAGUCAUGGGGCCUGGGGUGACUGGAAUGGGGGGUUUCGGGCCAGGCCUUGGGGGGCCUGGCUUAGGGGCUGGGGGCGGAGGCGGACCUUACGGACCUGCGGGAGCAGGGGUUGGUAGUCAGACACAGGGCUACCAAAGGACAUCCAGUCAAGACAUGUCAUCCUAUGGAUAUGGGGGCGGGCCCUCCAGUGGAGGAGCCUUCGGAUUGGGUGAUGGAUCGGGGGCAGAGCUGGACUCAAGCGAUGGUUGGAUGGAGGAGUUUUUUCCAAGCCAAUAGCCAACGAGGAAGCUGGCGAUGACUUUUUACUGGAUGAACUACAAAAAAAACACAAGUUCGAUACUAAAUCUGAGACAACUACAGUGUUGACUGGUGGCUGGCAUGUUUUGUGGCGCAAGGUUACAAAUGAGUUUGUGUGUGUUCCGUGUGUGUGUGUCUGAGGGCUCAGAAAUCAUUUUUUUACUUGUGCAUAUUAAUGAAAACCCAUAUUGAGAUUACAACAUAUUUUGGUUUUUGCUAGUCCCCAUUGGAAAGUAUUACAGUGGAACUCGUUUAAGACAACCCAUCUAGGGCUGCAACUAACAAUUACUUUCUUAGUUGAUUAAUCUGAAGCGAGUUGUUUGGAUUAUUCGACUGAUUGUUAUGCCUUAGAUGGACCAAAUCAAUACGAAGCAAACACAAACAGUUACUGGUUUGUUACGCAACAUAUCAGAAGCAAGAAAAGACAAGCAAGACACUAUAAACCUUGCAAUGCUACCUACAUGCGGUGCUUCCAGCGUCACAGACUUUCUUUUUUCAACAGUUGCCGAGGUCCAAAAAGUCCAAGCAGAAGCUGCAGGAGCUUCCAUCCUUCCAUCCCAUCUCCGUAAUCUCGCACUUGAUGAAACCUACCCAAGAUUUGUCAGAUCAAAAGAUGAUCGCCGUGUAACACUUACACUUACACAAAAUGUGAUAUUAGUGUCCACUUCACUACUCCAUUUCACUACUUCCUCAAUCUGCACUCUUAAACUGCAUGGAACUGUAGCUCUUUUAGCCAUAAAUUAGCCACAUCAUUGUUGAUGUGUGUCGUCCAGAAUUUACGGGAAUUGUUGCAGCGCCAAACCUGUCUAAGUCUUGGUCCACCAUGUUCUUCUUAUUACUAAAAAGUGGUCGCUUAAGUUCUAAGAAAAAACGUGUUGUGUAGUCGUAUUGUUAAGUUCACAAUCAACAACAACAGCAACAUAACUAUUGUCUCGCUACACAGCAUUAAAACCUACACACAAUUACUUCCUGUUCAGUGCAAAGUAAGCUUCAAAGCAAAAGCAUGAUAGCAUCAACCUGCAUU